CGCUGUUCGGCUCAUGGUUCGGCUGUUCUUUUGGUUGUUUCUUUCUAUUUGGAAGUUGCUUUAUGUUGUUUCGUGAAGGUUGGCGAUUGCGUGGACGUAACGUUGAAGUGCCUUGUGUGCGUCUUGUGGGCUUCUUUUAUGGCUGAUAGGGGAAAUACCUCCACCCUCUUGGCAGCUUCUUCGGAGGACUGACGUGAUCAUCAUGGAUACUUUUAAAUAGGGUUAUGUAAUUUGGGACCAACCAUGUAUGCGCCGACAGAGUCUGAGUUGAAGGAGAAAUUGGAAAAUCUUCGAUCACCUUCGCGUAGUCCACCUUCUGCAAUCAGCCCCAGAAAGCGUAAUGUCAGAUUGGGUUACCACACUUGGACACCAGGAAUGCUCCACGAGCAGCUUCGUCGAGAAGGUAGCCGGUGUGAGUGCUGCCCAUACGGGUACCACAUCCAUCGAGACUUUGUUGCUUAUUGUGACUCUCUGGGGACGACUGACUCACAAUUGGACCGCCUACGGAAGAUGCGGGGUCAACGUCGCAGGCAGCGCAAGAGUCUUGAGAACUACUUGGGGAUGCUGAAAAUGGAUGAGCAGAAGCAAGCAGUGCUGCAUGUGCCUGUUAAGAAAACUGCGAUGAGUGCCCCUCCUCCCGACCUGCUCUCUUCAAGCGCACUUCAGGACGUCUUUAAGGACUUUGAAGAUGCUCUGAGCAGCCAUGAAAAGGGAUUUUCCAACAACACAAGGGCUGACCUUGAGAAGGUGGACCUGUUGAGAAGCGCAUACUCUGAUGCUCCCGUGACAUUUUCUGACACAGAACAUCCUGCUGUUGUAUCGGAACUGCACCAUGAUAUAUUAGACGCAGUGUUCAGUCCUUCACGACCGCGCAGUGAUUCAUUCAGCUCCAUUUCAUCUCAGUCCACUACAGCGUCCUAUGCAGUGCCAGAUCUGUCUCAAAACUGGAGGUUUGCAUCGCGACAGCUGGCUGAGUCAGUGGCGGCUCUUAAUGCUCCUAACACAGGUGGGGAACCUAACUGGGCAGCACUAACUCGAGUUCGGCAGAUGAUGGCAUCAAGCCUCAAACAACUGAGGCAACUGGAGGAGCAGGUCAAGACAAUUCCACUCCUCCAGGUGAAGAUGUCUAUACUAAAAGAAGAAAAGCGUCUGCUCAUGCUGCAACUCAGAGCCAAAACUGUGGGGCCAGUCGGAGACAUUUCUCCUGGUGAUGACGUAUCUGCUCGCCUUCGCAAGUUGGAUGACAAUGGAAUUGCGACCCCUCGUCUGCAGUGUCUCACAGAAAGUGAAACAGACGUGGCUGCAAGCCUAUCUGCACUCGCUGCAUCUCUGGAUGCUGCAUUCAGGAAGACCCCCCAGCAGGCACUUAUUCGAGAAGGCACCUUCGUAGACUCUGUCACUGAUGUCCGCAAGCCAGCUUGUACUCAGAGGACUAUUGGUGUAGAAUGCUCUGUGCCAACACGGUCUAUUGGUAUCGGCGAUGGACAAGUUUUAAUGGAUGUGGUUCAUACAAAAGAGACCGAGCUAAAAGAAGCAAUAGAGGCCAUUACUUCAGAAAGAAACCUUAAACGGCAUGAAUCGCGGGAAACAAACACAGAUUCAGACUUAGAUGCGGAAAAGAAGAAAAAAAGAAAAGAAUGUCUUAAAGUUAUGCGUGUCGAGCACACAUCAGUGAAGCCAAACCGCCAACCGUGUGUUGACUGUGCCACGCAAGCAGUCAAGAGGACAAUAACUGCAGAUGCUGCCACAGCUACUGAAAGGGUGUCCUUUGCAGAUGCGAGUGUUGUCGUAGAUGUUACAACCCCAGCAGUAUCUAAACUUGGGACUCUGCACCAAAGUUCUCAAACUCACCGCAUCUUGAAAAGCAACAUUUGCAUACAAGUGGCUCCAGCGGCCAUCAAAAAGCGUGACACGUGCGUCCAACUCGACCCAAUUGACAGACGACACGUUGGAUUGCAGGUGGAUAUGCAGGCUAAGAAGCCAACCUCUGCUGCUAGAAAGCACUCGGUUUGUGUUGGUAACCAUGUUAAAAUGCGUGACUGUGCCACCUCUGCAAGCAUUUUGAAACAAACACAGGCCAGUGGAGAGUGUUCUAUUUUGGACACCUUCUGCGACAGAUGUGAGCUCAAGCAGACGGAGACUAUUGGUGUAGGGGAUGCAGACGUCAGUGUGACUUAUUGUGAAGGCUGCCUGCAGAAACAAGAGUGGCCUACAGAUGAACAGCAGGUCAUGUCACGAAGCUUUGGUGUGAACCUGUGUGAUAAGUGUAGCAGUCAGAUUGAGAAUGUAGCUAAGGAUUUCAUAGACAAAAAUGUCCUGGAUCCAGCGCUACCAACAUUGAUGUCUCGUAUACCAAAGCUUGCAUCAAGGGCAGCACGGUCGAGGCCCACUUCGGCACCAUUGGGAUGCGAAAAUAGACGAGUCCUGCUUGGCAGCCUGGAUGUACCUGAACGGUCGGAACCUCGUGAUCGAUCUCAAAAGCACGAAUUGAGCAAAGAGGUAAAGGCUGCCUGCAAAGUUCUCAAUGAUUACCUCAUGAAGCCAGAAAGAGGAGAUCCAAAUAAGCUGAAAACAGCAGUGACCCUUAUUCAGCAAGAGUGGUUCCGAGUGGCCAGCCCUGCAAACGCGGAUCCCAAUGUUGUCGAGGACUACAUGGACGGUUUUGAAGAAUAUUCAAGACACCUGCUUCAUCGCAUUGUCAACAUGGCCGACGUUAAUGGAAACACAGCAAUCCACUAUGCUGUUUCGCAUGGAAACUUUGACGUUGUCAGCAUUCUCCUCGACUCAAAAGUGUGCGAUGUCAGCAAGCAGAAUAAGGCAGGCUACACAUGCAUGAUGCUGGUGUCAUUGACUGAAAUAAAAAAUGACACUCACAGACACGUCGUCCAGAGGCUAUUCCAACUGGGUGAUGUCAACACCAAGGCCACUCAGAAUGGACAAACUGCACUGAUGCUAGCAGCCAGCCAUGGACGUCUGGAGACAGUCAAGCUAUUGUUGGAAGGUGGGGCUGAGCCUAAUGUGCAAGACAAUGAAGGUUCGACUGCUCUCAUGUGUGCCGCAGAGCAUGGACACAUUGAGAUUGUGCGUGCUUUGCUGGCGCAUCCUGACACAGAACUGAGCCUCGUUGACAGUGAUGGAAGCACUGCUUUGCAGAUAGCUAUGGAGGCUGGACACAAAGAUACUGCUCUUCUCAUUUAUGCCAGCAGCAAUUUUUCCAGGGGAAGCUCUCCGUAUUCCUCUUUGAGAAUCCGCAAGUCAGUCACCCCAAGGUCGACGCCCCCUCCCAGUCGAACCCCUAGAACCCCACCGCCUCCGAGUCCUGCACGUUCUAGAAGAUCAUCGUCUUCUCAUUGAACAAUACUCCAACAUUGGAAGCCACAGCCCUCUUUCGACCCAUCAUCGUCCAACGAAUGGAGCCGUCCACGAAUCUCAUGGUAGUCGUACAGACAUUUGGGCUGUGCUUGUUAUGCUACCCAAUGCAAAGCACGGUUCUGCAUGUGUGCCUAAUGCUGUGCAUUGAGAACUUGCUGAAGCAAUUUGAUAAUGAAACACCUUUUUUGGCACCUUCACAAAUUUCUGAACCGACACAUUCGAUGAAGGCUCAGUUUUGCGAGCCAGAAAUGUAUGUCAACAGGGUAGACCUGGUAGACACACGUAUGCACACUCCACAAAACAAUUACUUUUUUAGUUUCCUCUUGCAGUGUCCAUCCAUCCCGGAUCACGCUGUUUUAUUGUUCAUGGCACUAGUAUAUAACUCACAUUAGUUAGGACAUGUGAAAGGAAUGCUACGAAGGAUAAAGUGUGCUAUUUAUUAACUAAUGUGAUAAAUAGAGCCCGGAUUCCUAGGCAAAUGCCUAUUUUUUUCGUGUGGUUCUAAUAGUGCCUUUUCGAUACAUGAGCACGAAUUGGGUGCUGGGGAACCUCCUGUAUCGGUUUGAUAGUGCCUAUAAAUGUAUAUUCUGGCAUUGGUGCCUAUUUUGGCGUAGAUGCCUAAAACUCCGAUUAACUCCCUACAGUUUGUAACGUUAGCAAGCUCCCUUCCUCUCGGGCUAUCGGGGCCAUAGGUACACGAGCGAACGUGCCACCGCAUUCAGUGUAAGAAGAAUUGAUCCCCCAUACACGGCCCUUGUGGUAAUGCUGAAAAUGAAAUCUAGAAGGUGAAACCUAAAUUGAGGACUAAGAAAUUUUAGCGUCACACUAAAGCUUCCGAUGCUCGCCAGCCGGGGGGUGAUAUAGUGGGAAGGUGCGGUCAGCCGGCUCUGAAGUGGUGCACCCAGAGGAGGGAGAAAAAUAUCACCAGUAAAUGGACAAGUCCUCCCGAGAAGUGUCGUAGGACCAAUAAGUUUUGCAUUUUGUGCAGCAAAAAUUAUGAAAACAGUCACAACCACCAUUUACAGUAUUGCUCCUGCAGAUAAAACUGAUUUAUUCACUUUCUUUUUGCGCUUUCGGUGCUACAGAUGUGAAAAACGCAACAAUUUAUAGGACCCAUAAUGCCAUUUUUAGUGCCUAAGUCGGGAUUUUUCGCACCUUUUAUAGGCGCCUAAAACAAGGUUUGUUCGGGCCUAAAAAUCCGGGCUCUAGUGAUAAGUUUCCAUGAAUCAAAUGUCAACAGGGGCAUUGUUGGUCUUUGUUUGCUGUGUCAUGGAAAGCAGGAGUAGAUAAUUAAACAUUUGUACGCCUGUACAUAUUGCUGUGUCGCGAAACAUUGUUAUAAGCACCCAUUUGUGCACAAUUUUAAUUUGCAGUUGUCUUAUACUUUUAAUUUUUGUUGAAUUGCUACUCGAGAAUUUUGAGCAACAUAGUCUGGAUCUGUCGACACACACACAUGAACUGCACGAGUGAACCCUAUUUGUGCUGUUUGCAUCAUAAUAGCAUCAACAAGGAAUUUAGUUUUAUUUGGUCUGUUAGUGCUUUAUUAUGCUUCUGUUAAAAUGAUUGUAAUAUUUUCCCCAACCUUUGCUUCGAGAGGUACUCCUUGGUGAACUCUUGUUAUACAUAUACACAUAUAUUGCACUUGUGUCGUUUUACUCUGUUUAGUGUUCACCAUAGAAAAACUUUCACUGUAUGACAGUCAAAAUAUUUUGUUAGGCUCAAAUGUCGUAUUUUGUCUUUGAAGGCUUUUGUUAACUUGAAAUGUUAUUAGUAGACAUGCUGAUUUUACCUUAUCUGUUUUGUUUAUAUGCUUUGCACCACUAUUCACCACUUCAGAGCCGGCUGACCGCACCUUCCCACUAUUGUACGCAGGGUACAUAUUGUACCUCUUGCUCUCAAACUUCCUGUACUCAUCCUUCAACUCUCUAUCCUAUUCCUAUGUUCCAUUUUGGUUUCCUUAGCCUUUGUGCACACAUUCCAAAAGGUGACUCAUUUUCUUUCAACUGUUACGAAUCAUGCAGCGAGAUUUUUUCAGUUAAGUUAUUUGCUUCCUCCCGCAAGUCAAAUAAUUGUUACAUGGAACCCAAAAAGGACCUUGACCUCUUCAGUUCUCACACAGGAAAACCAUUUCUCACAGUAGGAGGAAAUGUUGAUUUGUUUUGUGAACACAUUCACAUUUUUGUCGGCUUUGUUUAUGUCAAAUGGGUGAGUGAUUUUGUUGUGAUAGACAAAGCAAGUGUAAUAAUGCUAUUACUAGAUAUGUAUCCAAACAAGGUGCUGUUGAUCAUCUUACUUUGUUAAUCUCUAGUAGAACGCCUCUGACAUGACUAGCAGCUGUGUGGUUUUAGUUUAGUCUGUAGAAUUAUUCUUGAAAUGUUUUUGCAGUCGUCUUGUUACCUUGCUAUGAGCAGCACCAUUGAAUAAAAGAAAAUAGAUUCACACAGCCCUAA